AUGCAUGAACUUGCGAAAGGCGCCAUGCCUAUGAUGUUGGAAGAACAGCCGGCCUUUUCUCCCCCUUCAGACUCUAGUCUUUCUGCCAAAAACUCAGUACCGAUUCGUUUACAUGCCGUACGAAUUUGGUUCCCUCCCAAUGGACUCACACUUAUGGAAGACAUCAAAAGAAACGGUCUCAAUGAUGUGGUUUUUGAUGCCAUUGCUCUUCGAGAGCUUGGCGAUCAGCAUCAAGCUCAGGAUGACCAUGGUAUCACGCAUGAAGCAUUCCUAGUGGAUCUUGCGGUGCUUGAGACUGGUAUUGUACGGGUUUUGGGCAAAUAUGGGAUUCUAAAUUUCGUCCCUCUGAGCAGCGAUGAUCCGAUUAUUUUGCAACAACCAGCAGAAGAUCUCGACUCAAAGAAAGCUCUUUGCUACCAACGCCUACAUUCAAAAUACUCACAGGAGUAUGUGAAAAGGCAGCGCCUCACCAAAGUUUUGGAUUUUAAGAUGAACAAGCUUUGGACGGACUGGUAUGAUGACUCUCUUAGAGAAAUUGGUAACCGCCUUAGAAAGCUCGGUUAUUGUUGA